GAGGAGGGUGUACAUCAGCUGCCACAAUGCAGAUCUUCAUGAAAACCCUGACGGGCAAAACCAUCACGUUCAAGGUGGAGCCCAGUGACACCAUCGAGAACAUCAAGGCAAAGAUCCAGGAUAAAGAAGGUAUCCCUCCAGUCCAGCAGCGUCUGAUCUUUGCCGGGAAGCAGCUGGAAGACGGGCGCACGCUUUCGGACUACAACAUCCAGAAAGAGUCCACCCUUCACUUGGUGCUGCGUCUCCGUGGAGGGAUCAUCGAGCCGUCCCUUCGCCAGCUUGCCCAGAAGUACAACUGCGACAAGGUGAUCUGCCGCAAGUGCUACGCCCACCUGCACCCCCGUGCUGUCAACUGCCGCAAGAAGAAAUGCGGCCACACCAACAACCUGCGUCCAAAGAAGAAGGUGAAGUAAAGGGUACGGCUGCAUCGCUCUCUGCUACACCCCCACGUCUGCGCUGUUGCAGCGAAGUUCUCGGUCUCCAGGGUACUU